GGGUCAUGCUAAGCUUCUUGCUUUCGGAGCCUGUGACUGGUGGGGGUGGUACGCUGUCCGCGUUAUCUCCUCCCGAGGAGACGGAACCGCAGUGUCUACAGGCGAGGAGCCACCGCUGCCCCAGGCAGAGAAGGACAAGAAGGAGAUCUGGCAGUGAGUGGCGGCCGGACUGGGCCACGCUGGUGCCGGCUGGAGACUCUGCUUCUCCGCCUGCUGCUGUUUCUGGGAACCGGGUGCCAGCGCUGAGGGGCCUCCUGUGGACAGUGACCCCCUUCCCCGGCUCCCCUGCCCGCCCUGCCGGGGAGGGCGGAAGAUGCCGGUGAAGAAGAAGAGAAAAUCCCCCGGGGUGGCAGCGGCGGUAGCGGAAGACGGAGGCCUCAAGAAGUGUAAAAUCUCCAGCUAUUGCAGAUCCCAACCUCCUGCUAGACUGAUAAGCGGAGAAGAACAUUUUUCAAGCAAGAAGUGCCUGGCUUGGUUUUAUGAGUAUGCAGGUCCUGAUGAAGUUGUAGGGCCAGAAGGAAUGGAAAAGUUUUGUGAAGACAUUGGUGUUGAACCUGAAAAUAUUAUUAUGUUAGUUUUAGCGUGGAAAUUGGAGGCUGAAAGCAUGGGAUUUUUUACCAAGGAAGAAUGGUUAAAGGGAAUGUCUUCAUUACAGUGUGACUGCACAGAAAAGUUGCAGAACAAAUUUGACUUUUUGCGCUCACAGUUGAAUGACAUUUCAUCGUUUAAGAAUAUCUACAGAUAUGCCUUUGAUUUUGCAAGGGAUAAAGAUCAGAGAAGCCUUGAUAUUGAUACUGCUAAAUCUAUGUUAGCUCUUCUGCUUGGGAGGACUUGGCCACUGUUUUCAGUAUUUUACCAAUACCUGGAGCAAUCAAAGUAUCGUGUUAUGAACAAAGAUCAGUGGUACAAUGUGUUAGAAUUCAGCAGAACGGUCCAUGCAGAUCUUAGUAACUAUGAUGAAGAUGGUGCUUGGCCUGUUCUUCUCGAUGAAUUUGUUGAGUGGCAAAAAGUCCGUCAAGCAUCAUAGCAAGAGCUGUUGUGAAGAAAAUGCAAACCUUUUGAUUCCCAGAUGUAUACAAACUAACGAGAUGAGGGGAAAAAAUCCAGAGGGUGCAUUUUCAUUCAUAUGAAAGACUUCUCAUAGUACUUUUUAUCCUUUUUUUUAAAGGAAGUUUUCUUGUUACAUGUGAUGGGCAUUGAGCCACACCUCUUCUGAGACUGAAUAUUGAAGUUUUGUUUUGAGUUAUAUCAUUUAUUUCAGAACAAUAAAGAUUCAGAUUUGUGACAAAGGCCUUAAAGUGAAGAUGUCCCUUGAGUGUCAGAGUGGUAUUUAUUUUUGUAAAUUUGAAUUAUUGAAUUUUUGAGGUUCUAACUCAUCAUGAAUUUGUGGAACUUUUAAGAUUUUAAAUACUCUUAACAUUUGGCAAUGUAGUUUGCUGGUGGUAUGGCUCGUUACCUUCAUCUCUGCACAGUUAGGAAGAAUAAUUAUUGGCCUUGACUCCUGGAAUAGUGAUUUUCUGAUGCAGCUAAUCGAAAGUUUUUCUGGAUAUUGGAAGUGUUCCAACUUUCAGCUUGAAGUUUCUGUAAAAGCUGCUGAGGUCAUAUGCACAUAUAGUUGUCUUAUCUGAAAUUGGAAAGAUUAUGUCCAGUUAUUUUUUGUUUGUUUGUUUUCUUACCAUUAAAUGGUAUUGUCAAUAAGCUUAAAUCAGCAUUGCAAAUGUAUGUUCUUAAUGUGAAUUUUAAGUUUUCUGUGUUUCCGUCAGUUAGAAAGUUCCAUUUUUAUUUGAGAGGGCAAGGUUAUUAAUGGUCUCAAAAUCAUUCAGCCUCGAGAGAAUAGGGCCCAUAUUGAACUUGAAUCAUCGUCAUUAUUGUUGUUGUGAGUGGCAUACUAAUGAUCUUUUUUUUUUAACUGUCAUUUUGUGAUUUAGGGAGUUCUAUCAAGAGGACUUUUUUUUCCCCCCUUAAAGAUAACCUUAACUCUGAUCUUGUGGAUUUAGUUAGGAUGUAUUUAGUAAAAGAAGGUGAUCUUAAUAAGGAAUUGUGAGAGCAUUCUGGAUGUAAUUGUGUACAACUCAAGGAUGCCGUUUACUUUGGUGUAGUAAUCACAGUAUUAAUCAUCACAGUUUUCUGCCUGAUGGCAAUAAGUGUCUUUAGGAAAGGGCAGCUUUUUCUAAUUCUUUCUGGAUUAGCAACAAGGCUGUUUGUACAUUCCUUUUUAAACCAUCCAAUAUCCCAGUGAUACGAACGCUUUGUUCACAUUCACAGUCCAGCCACAACCUCAGUAAUAUUCCAGGUUUCAUUGUAUGAGUGGAGAAAAGUAAAUAGAUUAUUUUUCCAUAAUAAGGAAAAUCUGUCGUUCUUAGUGUAAGAAUUAAUUUUUGAUGGCGAAUUUGUUUAAUGAGUGAGUUUUGGUAUUGAUUCCAUAAGAGAUAAUGCAUUUUAAAGUUUUUUAUUGUUUAUUUUCUGGUUAAUGAGCUGGGAGAAAAUGAUUGCCAAUGUUUUAAUUACCUUCUUAGUGGAAUUACUUUGUACAGCUUUGUAAAACACUGACAUAAUAGUGGAAAAGAAAUUUUUUCCUGUAUGUCUUAUAGAUAAAAUUUUCCUGGAAUGUUUCUAUUAAGUAGUAGAAUCACUGAAUUAUUAGAACUGAGCAUACCAACAGUAUUACGAGUAGCAUCAUGACUGAUGUUUUAAUAUCAGAUAUAUUGUUUGAAAACAUUGAAAUUUUUAGACCUUUGAAUCUUCUCUCCACGGAAAAAAUUGAAGAAUAGUGUCAUUUUUGUUUAAUUACAAAACAUAUAAUUUAAGUGAAAUCUUGCCAAGUGUCGAUUUAUAGUUUGAACAUAGUUGUAAUCUUUGUCAUCUUUGUUAUUUGAUUAAAAUACCAAUAUACCAGUUGCCACUGAAUUGAUUCUGACUCAUGGCAACCCCAUGUGUGUCAGAAUAGAACUGUGCUUCAUAGGGUUUUCGAUUGUUGGUUUUUCGGAAGUAGAUCACCAGUCCUUUCUUCCCAGGCGCCUUCUUUGUAGACCCUGGGUUAACGAUGAGCGCUGAAUGCACGUUAACCCAGGGUGUCUACUGAAAACUUGUAAAUAACCUUUACAAAAAUAAAAUAAAUGAAAAUAUUUACUUUGCUUACUUAUCUAAAGAUUCCUUUAAGCUUUUGAGUGGGAAACUCCCAGUCCACGCUUCCUCUACUCUCUUAUUUCUAUCUGUUUCUCUUACCUCCUUAGUAUCAUAACAUUCACCUGGUUUGGAGGCAAAUUUAUUCUCCCUCAUUUGUCAGGUGGAUGUGGGCUGUGUCUCUGUGUGUCUUUCUUAAUUUAUAUUUGAACAGCCUUUAAUUUAUGUACUGGGCAACUGUUAUGGUCAAGAGUUAAGUAGUAUAAGCAAAGAGGACAGUAUUAAGGAGCCUGCAGUAUAAAAAAGAAGUCUCUUAACUGUUGCGGCUCCUCUUGACUAGCUAGCUUUAAGUGCCUUCCCAGGAGUCCUGUUCUAAAGAUUUUGGAAUUUCCUUUGUACAGGAUGAAAUACUCUGGUGCUUUAUAGCAUGGAAAUGACUUGUUUGUUAUAGAAUAGCAUACAAGUAUACUACUACUGGAAGAAAGUAGAGCCAGUUACUGAUUCUCAACU